AUGUCCGAUCCCGCUCCCAACAAAACUCAAGACCCUUUGAUCGCCAGCACAGUCUCCAAUGAUCAACUACAAAACCUAGCCUCUGGAGUCUCAACACUCACCAAAGGAAUUGCCGAUCUCCGGACACCGCUACAGACACCUCUCCAGGCCCCUCCAAAAAGAACAGUAGCUCCUGCACUCGCACUCGCACCCGCUCCCGUAGCACCGACGGCCCCUGACGUGAUCUCUUUGAAUGUCCCCAGCUUUGCGACACUUGCAUCCAUCAACCCCACGGUUACUGUGUCGCCCUCGCUUCUCUCCCAAUUCCAUCUAGUCGAGUUGGCGGUAAUCAAGGCAAUUGUAAACCACAACUUCCGGGCGGCGGACCUCUACAAGCUCGACCCCCAGCACAGGGGUCGAGGCGGCUGGCGCGCCCAUGAUAGAGAUGCCAUGGAGCUGGGGUCCCUAAGCUCCGUCAUCAUUCCUCUCGGCACAUAUUUCUCCAUCCUCGGAUUUGCCAUCGCCCCUGCCAACCCGUCCAUUGGGCCCAUCGUCUCCGGUUUCUGGGCAUAUAUCGCAUCACUCAUGCAGUUUGCCUCGCAAUACGAAUGGGCCGCGAUCCACUUGUAUCACGUCGAUUUCUUCACAACGCGGCGCCGCGAAAUGCAGUUUGGCGACUACUCUCAGUGGGGCCGGAUCGACGUAGAUAUCCUGAGUCGCCGCUUGUUAGGCCACAACAAAGUGGCGCGUCCUGACGCUCUCACACCAGGUAUACUUUGCAUGGUAUUUUCUCUCGAGCGCAGUUCGAGCUCGUGA